AUGUUUUAUUUAUACACCCUUAAAAUUUGGGACUCCACCGUACCAUGUCGAAACUUGUGCCAAGAUAGCUGCGCUUGUGAGCGAAGCGUCGGCACGAAUGAGCCAGCUCGAGCGCAGUGGAAUGAUAUCUUGUCUGAAGCUAUACUUGUUUCAUGUAUCUUCGACACGGACGGCGUGCACGUUCCGGGUACGGAAUGCGACUUCCAAUUCAGCCGGUCCGGGAGUCGUCCGACACACGGCCGGCUGUACAGUCCCCGGUACCCGUCUAUCUACCCCAACAAUGUGCGCUGUUCCUAUCAUUUCCACGCCAGACCAAAGGAACGCGUGAAAAUAGUGUUCGAAGAAGUUGCUCUUCAAAAAGGUGACAUCAGACUACACAUAGAUGGAAACCAGACGAAAACGUUUUCUAAAAACCCUGAGGGCCUAGACAAGUGGCACAAACGCUAG